CAAGAAGAGCGGAUUGAGGAGCUCCGAGACAUCCAUCGACUCGAGUCCAAGUCUCAAACGGAUCAAAUUGAUAAGUUAAAAGGCCAGGCGGACGAGACGAAAGCCCUUCUCAAAGCUUCACAAGCCUCGAAUGUGCAGCUGGAAGGAGAUUCGGCGAAGAAACAAGCAGAGAUCGACCGCAUGCGUGCCGAGGUGGAACGUGCCAAGGGAACAGCGAAGGAAGAGGAGGAGAAGCGCGUUAAGGCUGUCACGCUCCUGAAGACAGUUAGACAGAAGCUGGUGAAGACAGAGAAGGAAAGGGACGAUGCCAAUAAAGAGAUUUACGACCUGAAGGAGAAAGAAAAGAAUGGGCAAGAAAAGGAGCAGGCUGAGAAGUCACAACUACGGCAAGAGAUUGAGAAGCUUAAUGCGGAGAGAGAGACUGCUGUCAAUGGUCUCAGGUCUCAAUUUGACAAGGAGGUCGCCGCCCUGAAGGACCGAAAUGAGAAGGAGCUCCUGGCGAUGAGAGGUCAGUAUGAGUUGGAAGCCAUUUCGGUCAAGUCCUCGCGCACGCGAGAGAUAGAAACCAGAGAAUCUCGUAUUUCAGAUUUGGAGAGCGUCACGAGGCAGCUCGAGGGCGAGAAGGACGAGAUCUUCGAUCACCUCCAGUUGCGGCAAGCGGAGCUAGAGUCUUCGCGGUCUCGUCUGGAGUCGCUGGAAGGCCAGACAACGGAGCUGCAGUAUCAGCUUCGCGAAGCAAACGAUAGGAUUGCCCUUCUCACGGAGGAGUUAGCAGACGCUCGGCGCGAGCAGGAAGCAAGGAGCACUGCUCCCGGCGCAUCUGCCGAGGAAGUCAGUCGGCUGCUGUCCGCUGCAGAAGCGAAGUACGAGACACGCAUUGGCGAUUUACGACGGACGUUGAGUGCCGUGGAGAAAGAGCGCGACGAAGGCGAGGCUGAGUGGAGUCGCAAGUUGUCGGAGAAGGUCAAGGAACUGGAAGCACUGAGGAAGACGCUUACGACUUCUGCGAAGGACCGAGAGGAAGAGUCUGAAAGUGCGAAUGCUCUGCGGAAGGAGAUCGAAGCACUGAAGGAAGAAGUCCGCACGUAUCAGACGUGCCUGACUGAUUUACGCGUGCAGGCCGACAGAGUAAAGGAAAUUGAGGAAUCGGCAAGAUCACAGGUCACUGAACUAAAUUCCAAGGUUUCCGCUCUGCAUCAGCUUCUGGAGGAGGGUAAGGGUCGUGAAGCGCAACUCCGUGCGCACAACAAGGCUAGUGGACUCAUCCUCCCCCAGACGUUGCGCGAGGAGUUACGCAAGGUGCAAUCAUCGGCAGCUCUAAUUGAACGACAGCGUAAUCCAGGUGUCGGUUAUUGGGCUUCGCGGCAAGAGGGUUCACCUGAAGUUCGCUCUCCGAGGUCUUCCACCUCAGACCUUCCGGGUCGAGAUUCUUCUUCUAGGCCAGGAACCCCUACCAACAGCAAGAUAGAUGAAGAGAUCAACGUCGAAUAUUUGAGGAAUGUGAUUCUGCAGUUCUUGGAGCACAAGGAAAUGAGGCCUCACCUCGUCAGAAUAUUGUCGACGAUCCUGAGAUUCACUCCACAGGAGACGAGGCGACUCAUUUCGAAAGUGCAAUAG